AAAUAGCCACCGAAAGCUCCACCUGAACUCAUGAAAAUCAUGUUUCAGCCGGGAGUUUUUGCUUUUCUUGUCGAUAGGGCGUAGCUUUCAGCGGCGAUUGGUGCUUUCAGCAUCCUAUGUAGACUUCGGCAGGAUAAAGCUUUAUCCUAUUGGCUGUAUCAUGGUGCUGUAUCUUUGGCAUGACUGAAAUCUUCAGCUCGUAUCUAUGUAUUCUUGUAUUCUUUUACAUCGAGAUUGUUAUCCGGCGGUGUUGCAGUUACCAAUGUUUAAAUUUGACUAGUUUGGGGAAAUGUUGGCGAAUAAUCGGUCAGCUCGUGUUCCUAAAUGUGCCAGAUGCAGGAAUCAUGGGAUGAUUUCGACGUUGCGAGGACACAAGAAACAGUGUAUUUAUAAAAAUUGUUCGUGUGCGAAAUGCGGGUUGAUUAAGGAGAGGCAGAGGAUUAUGGCCGCACAGGUGGCCCUAAAAAGACAACAGGCAGCAGAAGACGCAAUCGCCCUUCACUUAGCCUCGGCGGAAAAUGGCACCACGUACGACUAUCUCCCUCCUGGAAGAAUCUACGGUAUGCAAGUGACGUCUCCCGAGCCUGACGAAGACAAACAAAGUGUUAGUCAAGAGCAACCAGACGAGGUGCUAGUCAGUCCGGCUUCUAUAGAUAUGCUCAGUAAGCUCUUCCCGAAUAAGAAAAGGUCGGUUUUGGAGUUGGUGUUGAAGCGCUGCAACCACGAUCUUUUGAAAGCUAUUGAACACUUUAAUUUGAAUAAUGCCAAAGCUGGGUCUUCUACGGAGUCGGAGAGUGAUAGUAAAGAAGAGAAUAGUUCAGCUUUUAAACCUGUGGGCAAUGCGAAAGCUAAACCUUAUGCAAUGACUCAUCAGAGUCCGCUUCCUAUGAUUUCGGGGAGUAAGGUGUUUAUGCACAGUUUGUACCCGUUUUUACCGCUGUUUAACCCACAACCUGUUUUACCUAGUCCUGUUUAUGUGCCAGGGUUUUGUGAGUGCGAGCAGUGCAAGCAUACUUUGUAUGGUAGGUUAGAGCCUAGGCAAUAGGUUUUCUGUGCAAUUUAAUAGGAUCGAAUAUUUAUAAAGUAGCUGUGUUGUAGUUUUAUAUUUACUUUUAUGUAUCAGUGUGUUAGUAAAAAGUUGAUGAAAUUAAAA